UGGUACUCGUACAGUCACACAACCAAAUUCACAGUUCAGAUACCGCUGUUGAGGUAAUCACGAGCAAAAUGGCCUGUCUAAGAAGGUGCUGUUGUUCGUGUUGUUCCCGCUCUGGUUCUACUCAACAAAGCCGAACGCUUCGCAUAGUAAUGAUUGGAAAAACUGGAGUCGGAAAAAGCGCUGUGGGAAACACCAUCCUUGGUAAAGAGGUUUUUGAAUCAGCCCCUGAUGCAAACUCUGUCACUCGCAGGUGCCAAAAAAAAAUGGUUCAUGACCAAAGAGACAUUUAUGUGAUUGACACACCUGGAAUCUUGGACACUAACUUGGAUGAAAGAGAGAAAAUCAAAAAAGAAAUUGUGAGAUGCAUUCAGGUUUCAGCACCAGGCCCUCAUGUGUUCCUGCUGGUGAUGCAGAUUGGCCGUUUCACAGCUGAGGAGCAUAAUUCAGUCAAAGCCCUGCAAGAGAUCUUCGGUGACGAAGCUUCUAAAUACAUGAUAGUAGUCUUUACCCAUGUAGAUUCCCUCAAGAGUCAAACAAUAGAAGACUAUGUUGAAAAAGGUCACAAAGAACUCCGUAAAGUAAUCCAGAGUUGCGGUUCUCGAUAUGUUGCCUUUAAUAACAAUAACAUAAAAAAUCGAGCUCAAGUGAAGAAAUUAAUUGAGAAGAUUGAUGAAAUGGUGGCAGCCAAUGGGGGAGAAUGCUUCACACAGGAUAUGUACAAAGAAGCUGAAGAGAAAAUUCAGCAACAGGACAUGGAGAGAGAGGAGGCAGAGCUUCUGGAUUAUGACUUUAAAUUUGUCAGGACUCUCGAUGAGAGAGUCAUUUUGUUUCAGCAAAUACUGAUGGAAGGUCUUGAAAAGGAUGCUAAAAAUAAUGGCAUUUAUGCGCAGAAUCAGAAAAAACACCUUUCAUGAGCAUCUUAAUUCAGAUAUCACGGAUACAAUCUAAGGAAGAUAUUUUUUUUUCUAACUUUAUUUACUCAUUUAUGUGAUUUUUUUUGACAGUAUAAACAUUUAUUAAAUAUAUCACUACAGCAACAGAACAUGGAAAGCGAGAUGACAAAGCUUCUGAAAUAUGAAUUUAUCUUGCUUCAGAUCCUUUAUGAUAAAACUUCUUUUUUUGUUCUUAAAACCUGCUGAUUGGAAACUUUAUCUAGUUUGAAGUAGAGUUUGAAUGUUAUCAUGGAAAUGUUAUGAAAUCCAGCCUACAGUAUAUACUGUGUAAUUAAAAAGGAGCUGCUUAGAUUGUGUAAAUAAUAACAUACCUUAAGGGAGUGUGCAGCCAAAGUAUGUUUGAAAUAAUUUAUAUUCUUUUUUUAAUGGAGCAUAAUUCUAAAAAUAGACGUUUACAUUUAUUUUUCAACUAUAGACAAUUUAUCUUAGUGACAUGUUGCUUUUAACAUUAACCUAUUGACAAAUUACUCCUGUAGUCGUGGAACAAAAUCUUAUUUAAAAUGUUUUCAUUUGAUUUUGCAACACAUAGCAGAGUGAGAAAAUAAUGGAAAUGUCAUUUUUUUUCUGAAGGCACUGUAAUUAUGUAGCACAUGUUUUCUUGUAGUUUGUUAUUUUCAGAUCAUUUGAUUUCACUAAUGCAUUAAGUCAUGCAAUUUUGCACUAAAUAUGUCAUUUUAUGUCCCAAUUUGAUGUCAUAUUUAUCCACUAGGAUAAGCUGUCUAUAGUUUAAUAACAAAUGUAAAUAUCUAUUUCUUUACCAUUCUUUAUCCCUCAAGGCCACACACUCCAAAAAUAAAUUAUGUAGAUUUACAGUUCACCACAAUCAUUUUAAAAUUAUGAUCAGACACAGUGGGAACAUACCAUGUGUACUUUGUAAAUUAGAAAGAAGCGAAUUCGUAUAUCACCACUAUCUUCUGAGCUAUUAGAGAUUUUAUCC